UACAACUGCGCUGUGCCAUUUAAAGAUUGUUAAAGUCUGGUAUAAACACAUGGAGGGGGAGUGGAGUCACAGGAAGAGAUGAUGCAACAGUCUGACCCAAGCCUAUACAAAUUCCUGAUUAAACUCCUAAAGUUAUUAACCCUCUCCUUUCCACAGCCUUUUCCUUACAGAAUGUAAUCAAAAUUUUGUGAAAUCUCCAGAGAGAAAUUCCUGGCAUUCCAAGGGAGGGGCACAAAAGCAGCACACCAUGCUUGCUCAUUGUGUUUUCAUGCUGUUGCAGAGGAAGGUGAGUGUGGCCAAAACUGGAUCACAUGGCUUAAUAAAAUGAAACCUAAAACUUUCAGACUGUGAAGGAAACUUCCUCAACUCAGGCAGAGAAGAAGCUGAGUUAGCAGGCAAAGAAGGAAGUGUUGGGCUGCAAAGCCAAUGCAGAGCAUGUGUCAACAAAUCCAAAGUCAUUCAACGCAAACAGUAUCACGCUAUCAUUAAAACAUUCAGGAGCAAGGCUAAACAAGUAGGGGCUAGCAGAAAGAAAACAAAACUUUGCCUGCAGUCCUCCAGUCUUUAAAUUGAUUAUUAGUCAUUUUCUCCUUUUCAUGAGAUAGCAUGGAUUCUUUCUGGCAUUACCAAUUUCGCAUUAUUAUGUUAGGAGACUCUACAGUUGGGAAGACUUCUCUGCUGAAACGCUAUACAGAGGGAGUUUUCAUCGACUUCAUCAAUCAAACUGUGGGAGUUGAUUUCUAUGUUCAGUUUGUGGAGGUUGAACCAGGAGUACGGGUGAAACUACAGUUCUGGGACACGGCAGGGCAGGAGAGAUUCAGAUCUGUCACGCAGUCUUACUACAGAAACUCUGCUGGUGGGCUUCUGGUGUUCGAUCUUGCUAAUCGGACGUCAUUUGAGCAUGUGAAGAACUGGCACGAAGAGGUCAUGGAGCGAGUAAAGCCUCACAAGAUCAUUUUCAUUUUGGUGGGGCACAAAAGUGACCUUGUGGAAGAGCGUGAAGUAUCUGUGGAAGAGGCAGAGAAGUUAGCAUCCACUUUGGGACUAAAAUACAUCGAGACUUCUGCCAAGAACAACAACAAUGUGGAAAAUGCUUUUGCAGUGUUAACAAUGAGCAUUUAUGAGUCAAUAACCAAAGGGGAGAUUACACUGAGGGAGGGGUGGGAUGGUGUGAAAUGCAGUCUAACCCAAAUGACUGAAUCACGAUCUAAGGCACAGAAAGCACCAGAACAAACGUGCCCCUGUUAGCCUGAGUGAUCGCAAAAUUUUGGAUGCUCAUUACUUGCAUUUUCAAAAUAUCGACUCUAAGCCCUAGUUAAAGCAGACAAUCUGUUACUGUGAUGCUAGAUAAUGAAUCAUGCAUACUCGAUAUGCUUUGUUGUGACUCCUGAAGGGGGUGGCACAUUACAGAUCUUUUAGACCACAGGAAAACUGAAAUAUAUGCAAGCAAACUUACCAGCUGUCAUCAGAUUUUUGCACUAAGUUAAACUGUAUGUUAGCAGUACCUAUAACAAUAAAAUCCUUAGGUGUACUGAGGAAUUUUAUUUUAUUUUUUAUUUAUUUAAGAGGAUAGCCUCAUAUGUGCAAACUGCUUUCUGUGAAACGUGAUCUUGCAUGGCACAGGCAUGCAGACUUGCAGGAAGAGCUUGGUGAACUUCAUAUGUAUUCUGGGAUCUCAAAGCAGCUUGGUUAUCCAUGUUAGAAUGAGAGCUCUUUUAGUCUCAAGGUCACAAAGAGUCACAUCCAUGGCUCCCAGUUAUAUUAUACUGAGACUUUCACUUGCUAUAUAGUCAUUCUAGUCUUUAUAUUAGAGCCGAUUGUGAACAGAAGAUUAACUAGCCAUUCGUUUCAUGGUUGAACGGUAUUCUUACUCGUAGAAGUGUAUUAUUUUUUGAUGUGAAUUAAAUGACUGCAAAUAAAAUAAAUGGUAAAAAAUG